AUAUAUACAUAUGUACUUGACUCAACACACGGACCACUAGAUUAGCAGCAAUCCAGUUGCCUUAGGUAAUAGUUGCCUUAGGUAAUACAUAGCACACCUCUAGCAGAAUGUCACAUGACCCACCCCAUCCCACUCGGCCCGCGGGAUCCUCCGACAAAAUUUCACCUGCACCCGCUUUGCCUAUGGAAGUUAUCGACUAAAUUCGUAGAAGAAUUCGAGGGCUACUCCCGGAGGAGAGGGAACGAGACAGCAUUCUCCUAAUUAAGCAGUCUUCCCUCUCUCAGGCGUGACAUCCUUCUUUAUCCUCACGCAAAGUCUUCAACACUUCCCACAAGCCAGAAUGGAGGCUCGACCCCUCGUGCAGCCUCUGCUGCGCUCCAUCAGCACAUGUACCUCGAUGAAUACAAGAGCAGCAGUAACAAUAGCCUCUAUACCACGACGACACCAAUCCUCGACGUCCCGCACAAAGCGCGCCUUGAAGAUCGCCCCUCACCCCUCCUUCUUCCCCACCUCGGCCUCCUCCUUGCGCGAAUCCACGCAGGUAAUCUACAACCCGCCGUCCUCGACGCCCUCCGUCUACCACACCCCCUUCAAAUUCCUGCCUCCGAGCGACCCCCGGCGGAAAGCCAAUCUAGCCCAGCUCUUCCGCACCUCCGACGACGCAUCCUCUUCGAAGUCGGUCCUCCCUCCCGAGCUCAAGGACCCCGAGCGCAGGUACAACGUGACGCGGGAGCAGGUGGAGGAGAUGCGGUCGCUGCGGGCCACGGACCCGGAGCGUUGGAGCGUGCUGGCGCUAGCCAAACACUUUGGCUGCGCCCCGUAUUUCGUCAUGAUGUGCUGCCGCGCACCGACCGAGCAUCGCGAGCGGGAACGCGCGCGCCUGAACGCUGUUAAAGAACGGUGGGGUGCUAUUCGCGCGACUGCUCGUGAGGAGCGGAAGAAGCGCAGGGACUUGCUGCAUAAGGGUCUAUUAUAAGCGUGCUAAGCUAUCUAUGCGUCUACCUAUUCGCCUAUGCAUAUCCCUCCCUAGUACCCAGCUGCCUCAACCUGCCACAACACGAGGGGAUUGGCGGGGUGUCUUGGCUUUCUAUCCUCGAUGAGAAGUGGAACGGGACGGAAAGGGUGGCCAAUUCUUGCCUGCUAGGAGGAGAUAGAGGUCAGAAUCUGGUUAGGAAAUCUCCUAUAUACCAUCGGUCCCAAGUGAGGUGACUUGUAUCUAUACCUACGUAUGUAUAUAGUAAGAGGGGAUUGGGGACGAGGCAGACGACCAACAAGUGAAACCGGAUGGAUACAGAUCAAAUCGAAAUCACAGCUCUAGGCUGGGAAGCAGACCUAUAUGUAUCACCAGACCUUAAAAGAACAAUAAAAUUGUACAUCACCAACGAGCCAAUGUAGGAUGUGUCAUCAUCAACCUUGAAUUGAUGCAUCUCACAGACACCCAAUAAGACCC